CUUUCCGGGCGGGGGGGGCGAGGCGGAGGGGGAGGGGAAGGCGGCGGCGGGGAGCGGCUGCUUUUUCUUCUCUUUCGGGCCCUUUCUCGGCCUUCCUCCGCACCGACAGGGCCCGAGCACGGCCGGGAACCGCAGCCCGGCCGGGAGGGCGGGCGGGCGGGGGCAGAGGGUGAAGCCGCCCCCCCGCCCCGCACAAACAAGCACCGCCGUCUGCAGCCCGAACCCGCACCCAGGCCGCCACCCCCGGCCGCCUCUUUCCAGCCGGGGAGCGCGCUUCAGCCGCCCCCCGCGCCGCCGCGGCGAGACGAGUCGGCUUCGCUACGGUGCUCGGUUCUCCCGCCGGCUCUGCGAGCGGUGGCGGCGGUGGCGGCGGCACUGGGAAAAUGGCGGCCGAGCUCCUUUUCCCUCCCCCCCCUUAAUCUGAAGCGGAGGGAGAAUGGAGCGAGCGAGCGAGCGGGCGAGCGCCGGGGACACGGGGAGGAGGGACAGCAGCGCCUCCGCCGGCUGCGGCUGCGGCGGCGAAGGGCCGCUCCACCCCGGCGCGCCGCCAGGGGGCGCCCGCCGCGCCACCCCCGCGGGCCGCCAGGAGGCGCGGCCGCCGCCGCCUCAGUCAUGGCUCCUCGCCGUGGCCGAUGUUUUUGUACCUCCAUCUGCGGAGGCCGCGGCGCCCGGCCCCAGCUGCCCUGGACGUGCGGCGACGGCACGCAGCACUGCGGCAGGGGGGAGCCAGCCCUCGCUGCGGCCGAGGAAUGGCCAUGAGAUAUGAGUAGAAGUCCCCUGGACAGCCUCCAAAAGAGAACUGUGAGAAAAGGUUCUUCAAUCCUAAAAAUGAUGAAGGAAAAAGUCCCUCUUCCUCAGAGAGUGACACCUCAAAACUGCUACAGUCACCUUUGCAGCAAGCCUGAAGAUACCACCAACAUCAAAGGGAAUAGAGAGUUGGCAAGAAACUUGGUCCGUUGUGAUAGCAUUAAGCCACUGUGUCAACCAAUCCUGACAAUCUGCAUGACUUCUGGAUUUCCAGCCACAUUAGAACAAUGUAACAAUAAACAUUUAUUAAUUGUUUAAGCC